CUGGUUAUCACCACGCCGAACUCCAACUUUGGCUCCGGCUCAAGCCUCGGCUCGGGUGCCGAUGCGCGUAGCCUCCGGUCCGAGUCACGUCGGUCGCCGGUCGGCAUGGCGGCGAGUGAGUUGAACAGUUCCUCGCCGAAGCGUCGGAGGACGGAGUUCGAGGUCAUCUUCUACAGCCCCAGACGGACGGCUCUUCGUGGACGUUUCAGCUACUCCGAAAGCUUGCGUCUGCUCGCGGGACUACGUGAAAGUGACAUCCUCUGCGAAGGCAGCGUUCAAGUGAGGCAGGACGGCAUUCAUCUGCAGCCCUUGCUGCAUCGCGAGCAGACGAUACUGCCGCGACGCUACACCUUCGCCGAGGUGCGUAUGUUCUUUCUGCCGCCGAGCCAUGCUCGUCACGUCGUAUUGUGCGUGGAGACGGGCCCGAUGAAGGAGAAGUCCUACUGCCUGCUACAGAUGAAGGAGCUGGAAGAGGCGGAUGCCUUUGCCUGCCGACUCAUCGACAACUACGUGACCGAAGGCCGGACGGAGCAUGACACCAGGGCCCUCGUCAUGGCAGACGGUGCGUAG